UCAACUCUCCUCUGCAUUUCAUUCACCAUCUCCUUUCAUUCAUUCAGCUCUUCUGUCUUUGUUCAUACUCCUUGUGCUAACAGUCACACUCAGUCUCUUUACCAGUGCAUCUGUUUAACAGCUUUUUGAAGUAUCUUUGAAUGCUGGAUUUAUUCGUGAAAGUGUGACAGUUUAAGGUGUUUUUUUUCUCUCAGAGGAAUUCUUGUUGCUAAUAGAUUGUGUGUUUUUGUAACUGAGGGUUUUACGAGCUUACUCUUCCGUCUGUUCUUCAGAGCAUGUAGUGCAGGUUUGGAAAACCGGGGGCUGAGAGUCAUAGCAUUAGCCAAAGUCAGUGAUCUUUGUACCUGUUACACAGAAAAUUCACAGGUGUCUCUAUCACAAAUAUUUGCUGCCAUAAUCAAACAUAUUGAGUAAAAGGAGGAAGUGCUUAUGUAUAAAAAUGAUGCCAUGCAGAGAGGAACGGAUAACUGCAAAUAUUAGAAGAAAUAAUAACCUGUAUGAUCUUUUUCUUUUAGGAAUUACAGAACUACUUGGAACUUGGUAUAUCCAGAGACAUACUACAAAAAUGGACUACACUCUGGCCCUGUUGUUUUCCCUGCUGCACGUUUUCAGUGUGGGCACGGCUGCUCCUCUGCCAGUGGAGGUGGUGAAGAUGAAAUCAAAAGUGAAGUGGAUGGCUGAGCAGCUGGUCGUCAGGCUGAACAAGGACUUCCAGGUCCCUCCUGGUCUGACACUCAGUCCGCCUGCUGACAUCCUGGAUGGACCCUCGUCCAUAGUCACGGUCUUGGAUGGUUAUAACAGCCUAAUCUCCGACACCUUCAACGGAGUCUCCCAGGUCAAGUUUGACAUCUCGUCUCUGACGGGUUACAUCGGUCAGUGGAGGCAGGGGCACUGCACCGAGCAGCGGCCCAAGCCCUCGGUGCCGGGGCCCCUGCAGGAGCUGCAGAGUCGGAAGGAGUUCAUUCACACCGUUAGCAUCGAGGCUCUCAUGAGAGUGAAGGAGUUCCUCAAUCUGCUGCUGAAAAAUCUGGACCAUCUUGAGACUUGCUGAAAAAUGGGACAUUAGCACCAGUAUUUGUAAGUUGCUGGCAAACUUUUGCAAUGUGUGCUGAAGGAAAUGUAUUCUUGAACUUAUUUAUAUAUAUAUAUGUAUAUAUAUAUAUACAUGUAUAUAUUUAUAUUCUGUUUUAAAAAAAUAUGUAUUUUGUCACAUUGUCUUCUCAUCAAAUGUCUGCAGCAUAAGUGUAGUUUGUGCAGGACUGUGUGCUGCUCAUAGCAUUGUCUUAUGACACCACUGUUGUAGCAACACAGGCUUCUCAGUGAAACUAUGGAGCUAGUUAGCUAGCUAGUUAAAUUCAGUCGAGCAGCUGAAUCAGCUGCCGGCUGCAGCCAAAGGAAACGUCACAGUGCGCAGUGAUGUCACUCCUGGAAAUUCCUGAAAACCAGGUUGAAACUUGCCAAGAAAAACAGGUGUGUUUGUAUGAGAACUACAAGGACAGGAAGGGCAAGGGGCAACUUCCAUUUUUGUGCAAUAGCAUCAACUCUUCCGGCAUGGUUAUUUAUAGCUGUGGAUGAUAUUUUGUAUAUUUUUGUACAGUAUUUUUUUAACUAUUGAAUUGAAACUAUGAAUAAAUAUUUAUCAUGA